UAUAUUUAUAACUUUAUUUUCUGUAUGUCUGUAAAUAUAUUAAAGUGCCAUUCCAAAGUAAAUGUUGAUCAUGAACAUUUUGAUACUGAAGCUGUUUUACGUUUAUUUACGUAUAGGAACAACAGUGUAGAAGAAUGUCUCCAAGGGUUUUACUGGGAUAAGGACUCUCAUCAGUGCCAAAGUUGUCCAAUUGGUUAUUACGGUCAUAAUUGUUCCCUGCCCUGCAGAUACCCAAGCUAUGGCGAGCGAUGUCAGAAAGAAUGUAACUGUACGGUAGAAUACUGUAUCAACGAUAAGGGGUGUAUCAAUAAAACAAAUACGCAUUCCACACCCUUUGAUACAUUCUACAAUGUGACCAACUUUGAAAAGGAAUUAGAAGAAGAGUUAGACGUAGAAAAAUACAUUUUGAGACCGGCGUGUGGUAUUUUCGCUUUCCUUUGUAUUCUGGUGUUUGUUGUGUUUGGCUAUCGUCGACGAAUGAAUGCAUCCAACAACAAUAAACCAAACAAUGACUGCGAAUCAUACGAAUCACCCCAUAGAGAAGACAAUCCGUGCUCGGCCUCCCAGUCGUAUACAUCACUAAGAAAAGGAGAUGUAAUUGUCACAGAAUCUACGGCUGAAUCUGAAGAAAACGAUGGUUUCUACACCAAUAUUCCAUCAAUUAUUGAACAAAAUCUAUCUGAUGAACUGCCAAUGACUAUCGCGUCUGGCACAAGAGAACAAGUCUUGACAAAUAAAGACACACUACCAACCACUGAAAAAGAUUUCUCCAAAUCUUUGCAUGCCCAACCAAAGUUUCUUAACACGAAUACAGGUGAAGACAUCUAUGAAGAUAUGGAUCUAGAAAGUGGAAAUUGUAUUCCUAAAGUAGCACAUAUUGUUCAACCAUCUAGCAAGGAAUGCGAUCAUGGUCAUACAGAUGAUAAAACAGUCAACAUAUCCGAUGAUAUUAAUGGAUAUCCUUGCAUAGAAUCUGGCACAAAUGCAGAAGACGAUGGGCAUUCUGGCGAAAAUAUGUCUACAGUUAAUGCAAAACUUACACCUUCGAUUAAUGAGGAACAAGGCAAUAGAAAUGAGUUACAAAUUAUGUCAAUUACUGGGAAAGUUUCGAAUUCUGAAUCGUUGCACAUAAUGGCUUCACCUACAAACAGUGUAUACGUCCAAGUCACUAUAGAUUAGAACAUCCCAAAGAAAUUGUAAACACCUGCUUAAAGUGUUACAUUACGACGACAAACAGACGAACGCCGGACGUCCCAUGUGCCUCGCUCUGUAUAUGUGUAGCUAUAUGGAAAACUACAUUUACAAUGUUAAACUGUACGUGUUACCUGCCCACCGUAUUAGUUAAACAAAUGUUCUAUUCUAUCACUUCCAUAUUAGUUACUUUUGAAUAUCAAAAGAGAUUAUAUAUAUGUGACGAAAUUUUAAAGCAUCUUUUAUAUGGUAACGUUUUCCCAGAUUUUGCUUAUUUUCAUAUUUCGAACUGGAUUUAUAUUGUUCAUAUAUGUAUCGUUUCAAAAUACGUCAUUGGCAAAAUAUGUUUUUCAUAAACUGAUUCCAUGUUUCUGAAAUAAAAAAAAAUAUGACACUAUCUGAGAAAAAAAAAAAUGAUCUCUUCAUUUCUGAAGUUAUAUUGAAAACAAUAACCCUAUUUGGUGUUUCAAAUAUAGCCAAACGUUUAUCACAUCAAGAUUAAAGUUCUAAAAUCAUGUUUAUUUAUUCUUCCAAAUUUUUACAUACUUAUAUGUUUGCGCUUUGGAUGAAACUAUUUGGUUCAAUCCAUGCACACCCUUUCUGCACACUCGGAUAAAAUAUCUAUGCAUAAUGAUAGUGUUUUUCUUAAUACAACUCAAACAA